CAUUUUGUACCAAGGGACAAAUUAAUUGGCGCGGAUUCAGAACCAGCGGAACAGCUCCAACCCUCACUUUACACUCUCGAUUGGGGCUCUCGCAGAGAAGAAACAAAGCCAUGGAAAUCGUUCGUCCUCAGAGUCGCAGGAACUUCUUGUCUUCCUCCUCUGACGCCGUUUCUGUUCCCACAAUUCCCCUUUAUCGCUCUGCUCCCUCACUCGAAGUUAGACUGGAGGAGUUCGAGUCCUUCGCCAUCGACCGCCUCCGAGUUCUCAAGGGCAUUUCUGAUGGUAUGUCGCGGGGGAAAAAACCGGAAGAAAUGGAAAAUUUGGUAAAGGACCUCUGGAAAGUGAAUAUGAGACACCAACAGACUUCUGAAGUUCUGAACAAGGAUAUUAUAUCUCAUUUUGCUCUACGUCUUGUGUAUUGCAGAACGGAGGACUUGAGGAAAUGGUUUCUUUCCAUGGAAUCUGCACUCUUCCGCUACCGCUUUCGACUUCUGAAUACUGAAGCUCAGAGAGCAGUCAUGGAAGAAUUUGACCUUCCUUACAGGGCUGUAAGCAGUGCGGAAUUUGAGAGCAUAAAGGAGAAAUUGGGACAAGUUGCACGGUCUAUGGGUCAACCUUCACCCAGUGCUGAUGCUAUCUUCUACAAGGUACCCUUUGAAGAAGUUCCAGAGCUUGUGGCUGGGCGGAAAGUAUUAAUUAGUCAAGGAUAUGCAUAUGUUGCAAUGAAUCAGAUUGUUUCACUUGUAGCCACACUAUUCCGCAGUCAGCUAUCGAAGACACUCAUCCUUACAAACAGAAAAUGGACAUCUUCAAUUCGAGAACAAGAGAAACAUAGGUUGACUCCUAUUGUUGAAGCCGUGUGCGCAAGUUAUUUGGGUCCUGACUAUUCUCAGUCAAGAGAAUGUGCUGACAUAUCACUAAAGGACAUUGAUCAAGUCGCCAAGAGCUCAUUUCCUUUGUGCAUGCGUUACCUAUUUGAAAAGCUGAAAGAGGAUCAUCAUUUAAAGCAUGGAGGGAGGAUGCAACUAGGCCUCUUUCUUAAGGGUGUUGGCUUGAAUCUGGAUGAUGCACUUGCUUUUUGGAGGGCAGAGUUCUCUAAAAGGGUUGGUUUGGAGAAGUUUGAGAAACAGUACGCAUACGGCAUACGUCAUAAUUUUGGAAAGGAAGGGAAGAGAACAGAUUAUUCUCCCUAUUCUUGUACAAAGAUCAUCUCAUCGACUCCUGGAACGGGAGAUCAUCAUGGUUGUCCCUAUCGACAUUUCAGCGAGGAGAAUCUAAGAGCUGCUCUCAGCAGAAUGGGGGUAAACAGUAGAGCAAUGGAAGAUGUGAUAGACAAAGCGAGAAAUAGACAUUACCAGUUGGCUUGCACUUUGACAUUUGAAGCUCUUCAUGGCAUGCCGUGUGAUGCAGGGAUUAACCAUCCAAAUCAAUACUUCAGUGACAGCAGAAAGAUAUUACAGUCAAAGGAUUAGUGACACCACCAAUCGCAUCAUCUUGACUAGGCGACUACUACACUUCUGAGAUUGCAGUGAUUGGAGCUUCGACAUGCCUUCACGUACCUUUUUAAGUUGUGCCUUUGCUAUCGCUUUUUGCCUCAUGUGGUGGUGUGUUGCCCUAUCUUAGGUGACGACUACCUGCAUUGGGAUUGUUGUCUCAUUCUUGUUCUGGAUAAGUGCUUGUUGACUUGAUCGAAGUUAGUCUCUUUUAAGUUUUCUUCUCUCCUCUUCAUCUAUGUCUCUUUUGCUAUUGGUAUUGUUUAUAUGUCAAUCUAUGGUAAUUUUGUCAAUGUGCUUCUAUCCAUUAACAAUUUAGAUGACACUGGCUGAAUCUCUGGGUAAAGCCCAUGCUCUUCUUCACAACUUAGUGAACUAUUGCCUCAUGCCUCCCCUCUACAAGAACUAGAGUAAAAGGUCAAAGUUCAUGUUAUUGACUUGACGAGGACCCUUUGAUGACUAUUUAUAUGUUUGCAACAAGAUUUUGUGAUCCCUUAUUGCGCCCAAUCUUACCUCCACUAGUUCCACUCUUGUGUGUGUGCCAAGUAAAUCAAUUGUUAAUAUAUCUCCUUCUGCACACAUGAGUAGAUUUUUGGUUGGCCUCACUUGCUCUAACUCCCUUGGCUUUUAGGUUCUAGAUUUGGAUGCCACAUAUGUUAGGUUUAUAGGAAGUACGAAACCAGUUUUCUGAUCUAAUAUAAGAAUUAACACUCAGAUCUUAUAAUGUAACAUAAAUUAGCACUUGAAUUAAGGAAAUACGAAACUGAGAAAACAUUCAACAACAUCCAAGGGAAGUAAAUCCCUUCUUACAGGAAACACCUUGUCCAAAACAACAAAAUUACCCACACUCCCAGGAGGAACCGUUCCCUCCUUAAAAGAAACCCAUAUUACAUAAAAACUAACUUAUUACAUAAUAACUACCUUACCAACCACUCCCCUAAACCGUCCAACCCCUCUUAAUUGUCAUGUAACUUAUUUGAAUUAUUCCUCCUAACAUACACCUUUAAAGUCCUAUCAACAUAUCACAUUACUAGUAACAAAUCUUUGUUUUCUUCUCCAUUUUCUAUGGAUUAUUUACCUUUGAUGACUAUGACUAAUGGAUCUAAGGUCUCCUCACAUGGUGUUGGUAUUAUUAAUCUUUUGGACUUUAUCAAAAUAAUGUUGAGGGGCUAAACAGAGAGAGGAGGGUCUGACGACUACUAUGGAGGUGGCAUGAGCAAUAUGUGCCUGGAUGCGGCAGACAAAGACUGAGCUUGUGGCGGUGCGUGGCAGAGAUUUGGCCCUCGACACUGAUGGGGUUGGUCGUUGCUUGGAGAGAUGAUCCAAAUCUGAUGGUCGUUGGAUGAAACUACGACGGUGGACGACAAAUGACGGUGAACAACAAUGAAACAACAUAGAAUAGUGGCUGAUAGUGUUGAAUAGCUUCAAAUGGCAGUGGAUAGCUGUAGGUAGGGACUGGAUUGAAUCGGGGAGUUCUAGUCAUAUUACCCUACCUUAAGCGAAGAGAAGAGGACAAAUGUUUUCAUAGUGGAGGACCAUAUAGUCUUGGUCAUAAAUGUUCUAAUAAGAACCUCCGGGUGUUAAUUUUAAGGGAAAAUGAAGAGGAAGAGGAACCUGAAAAAGAAGAUAAGGUUAAGGACAAGGUUGUUCGGAAUUUUAGGGACCAUUUGUGAUCAAUUUCCAAACUUUCACCUUGAGGACAAGGUUGUUCAGAAUAAGGGGAGUAUUGAUAAUCCUCUCUUCAUUACACUACUCUUUUAUACUUGUCUUUAGUCUCUUUCUUCUUUGUCAAUUCCAAAAUUUGAAGGUGAUUCCUUACCCAUCUUGGUUGGCAUUAGGCCAUGCUUGAUGAAAUAAGUGCUCUUUAGAAUAGUAGAAUUUAGGAGCUUGUCCCAUUACCAUUAAGGAAAUCUAUUGGUUGUAAGUGGGUUUUUGCUUUCAAAGUUGGUCUUCAUGGUACUAUUGAUUAUCUCAAAUCUUGCCUUGUGAUUAAAUGUUAUACACAAAUUUUUGGUUUGGACUAUGGUGAUACUUUUUCUCUAUUGGCAAAGAUGACUUUUGUUUACUUAUUUAUAGUCAUGCAUGUUCUUCAACAAUGGUCUCUUUACCAAUUACAUGUUAGAAAGGCUUCCCUUAAUGUUC